AAGCAGAAACUAGAGGUGAUGAGCCUCACUACCUGAUCAGUCACAGACUGGGAAGGAAGCAGCGAUCUCUGGACUAGAACACAACUUUGGGAAGUCCGGGAUAAUGAAGCUGCUGCAGGAAGCCGACGAGGCAACAAGCAAGAGAAAGCUGAUAAAAUCUCAGCUGGAGAAACGUCGAAGGGAGAGAAUGAACCGCAGCCUGGAGCGCCUGAGGACCAUGUUGCUCCAGGAGCCUCAACAAGCCGGGACGCAGCACAGAGCGGAGAAGGCGGAGAUUCUGGAACACACCGUUUUCUUCCUGCACAAAAACGCCAAGGAACACAAGGAAAAGACGGGAGGCCCAACACGCUCCUUCCAAGACGGCUUCUCCAGCUGCCUGCAGAGGGCGUCUCAGUUCCUGGGGCCCGAAGGCAAAGGCCUCUGGCUCGGACCGGUCCUGGACGCCACCUUCUCCGCGCGCUUCACGCGCUCAGACAGCCAUUCUGCAGACGCCUGGAUCAGAACCUCCAUCUCCAUGACCCACACCAAGUCCCUCCUCCAGAUGCUGAGGCUGAGGUCCAGGUCCGGGCAGCGCACGCAGGCCUCCGGGGCGAGCACCUCGGCUCAGAUUUGCCUGACGAUGCCUCAGGGGCCUCAGGGGCCCCCUGGGCUCCAGACGGGAGCGGAGAGAGCGGGGAGCAAAGAGAGCUCGGCCCAGAGCGGGACCCUGAGCCAGACUUUAUGGAGACCUUGGCCCUGAUCAUCAAGCCGUGACCUCAGAACUGUCCACAAAUACCCGUCCCUUCCUUUAAACCGCUUCUCUUUUUACGUUGCCUUCAAAAAAUAUAUUCUAAUCCUACUUUCUUUGUAAGAUCAUGCCCACGAUCCUGUAAAUAAUGUAAAAAAAGAGAGAAAAGUCCUGAUUUGUACCUGUGCUGUAGUAUUUUUGAUAAGGUUGACUCACUCCUGCUGUACCUCAGUCAGCGUGGCGGCCAUGUUAACUGCUGGCAGGCACGCAUGCAGGGACUCUCCCCGACCAGGACCUGAUCCGGACCCUCCAGGCGGCCCAGCCGGCACCGCUGCCGUGCCGAAGAGCCAUCGCAGAGGUGAGUAUCCCCACAGCUGCCGUUCUGCCUGUGCUUUUAGAAAGCCUGCUUUUGUCAUGUACGUCAGUGAUGCUAACGUGGAUAAUGAUCCAGUGUCAAUCCGUCACAUUUCCAGGUGUGGAACCUGGAGGUUUGGGUUUGGGAGAGAGCCCUCUGUUUUUCAUCUAAGUGCCGUCUUAUCUGCUGGCACAAACGACAUCUGUGGCUCUGAGUACAAAAUAACACGCAUCCCUUCCCAAAGAUAUUCGCCUAUAUCUUGUCUGUUUUGCACACUAAUUUAUUCUGCUUGUCUCCCUAUGGUGAGCAUUAUUCUGUCUUUUUAUAUAUAA